AUGUGGCAAUUCUCAUAUCCUACACGAACGCCGUCCGAAAUUCAUGCCAAAGCUUACGAUUACAUCAUCGUUGGAGAAGACCCUAAUGUUACCGUGCUCGUAAUUGAGAAGGGUCAUGUCAAAGAUAAUAUCGUUUCACGUAUACCGCUACUCAGCCAAAACAUUUUCCUCGGGGACCCUUUGCAAGUGCAGAGUACUCGCUGGUCGGAGCCCAUACCCGAGGCGAACGGGCGAAGAGUAAGAAUCUGGACGGCAGAAGGUCUUGGUGGCGCAAGUCGCAUAAAUGCUAUGCUUAUGACGCGAGGGUGCCGCGCGGAUUAUGUUGCGUGGUCGAAGGAAUUGGGGCUGUCUGACUGGGGCUGGGAUCAAGUUGAGCCCUACUUCCGCAAGAUUGAGAAUGCUGUAGAGCGUCCAGACUCCCAGACAAGGGGCCACAAUGGGCCUGUUGAGGCGCGAGCUAACAAGUUGCCCUUCGAGUGGGGACCCUAUAUGGAGAAAUCCUUUCAGAAAGUCGGUGUUCCUUUGGGAGGAGACUGCAACGGCCCGGAUGCUCCGGCAAUGGGGCUUUUCCACGUCGAGGCUGCCAUCGACAAGCGCAGCAGGAGAAUCUCUGCUUUCCAGGCGUUUCUCAGCAAAAGAAUCGCUAAAGAAAGGCUCGAUAGUCUGACGAUCUGUACGGGUGCGAUCGUCUCACGCCUGGACGUGGAUGGUCCCUCGGGGCUAGUCAGAGGUGUCCACAUCCAGUCAUCUCAAGGAGGCGAAAAUGCCACGAGUUUCUUCGUCCAAGCCAGGAAGGAAGUGAUUCUGUGCUCCGGUGCCAUCUGUACCCCACAGAUAUUGCUACUGAGUGGCAUAGGACCAAGAAGCCGAGAGCCGCAGUCAGAGAGCAGCCCGGAUAUCCCUCUGGUGAAAGAAUUGCCGGCGGUUGGCACAAUGUUUUCUGACCAUUACAGCUUCCCCAUUAUGUUAGAGUUACCGAAGAGAGAGACUUUCCACUUGCUGGAGUCAAUUUGGGGUCUGUGGCAUAUCUUGCUUUGGAUUUUCCUUGGCAAAGGGCUCUUCGCUCGAACCACAGUGCCAAGUGCUGCCUACAUACGCACUGGGGCUAUUGAUACUGAGACAAUGUCUGUCAAAAGUCAUGAGGCAGAUGGUACUGACAACCUCGACGCAUCUCAGCCCAAGAACAGACCGGAUGUUGAGAUCAUGAUUAUGCCAAUCAAUGGUUUACAGCGCCCUGUUCCCGGGCAUGCAUUUUUGAAUUUCCAUCCAACAAUCAUCCAGCCACACGCAACAGGCCGUAUCGAAUUAAAGAGCAAGAACGCUCACGACAACCCUCGCAUCAUCUACCCAAUGUUCACCGAUGAACGAGACCUGGCCGCUGCGAGAGUGGCUGUUCGCUUUACAAUGCACCUAGCAGCUGAGUUUCAGAACUCAGGAUACCCGUAUCCAACCCCGUUUGCAUUUGCUCCCGGGAACAGUCCUGAACUACUACGGCAAUGGGAGCAGUCUGCUGACGAAUGGAGCACGCCCCAGCCGGUCUCAUCAGCUGUCCCACAUGCGGGCCAGCCCGCAAUCAAGCAGACAAGUGAGGCCAAAAAUUGGAAGAAUGUGACCGACGAUGAGAUCGAUGACUACGUGAGAACGGUCAGCCAUACGAGCUUGCAUCCAGUGUGCACAUGUCCGAUGUCAAACGAUGAAAGGUCAGGAGUCGUGGACCAGAAACUUCGAGUCUAUGGGUUUAAGAAUCUCAGGAUUGCUGAUGCGAGCGUCUUCCCUCGAGUCCCCACCAGCCACACCAUGAUUCCGGUAAUGAUGAUUGCAGAGAGCACCAUCCCGCAUGCUGCGCCCCUAUUGCGCAUGCGGAAUCACAACACCACCCGAGGGACUCUGGCAUCCAUACGAUCCGAGCAGCCGAAGCGUCAAUAUCACGUCUGGGAGUUCCCCUCAUUUGCUGAAUUGAACUAG